CUUUUCUCCUAAUCUGUAUAAAUAGGAGAGGGACAUAUUAAUGUAUUUAAGUUUUUUCACUUCUUCAAUAAAUUUUUUUUAUUUUUCAAUAAAGCUUAUUCAAUAAUUAUUUUUAUCUUCUAUUAUUUUCAUGAAAUUAUUUAUUUUUUUAAAUGAAAUAUGAUGAUGAUAUGUCUCCCUUCUUACUUUGACGGUGACAGAAUCUAAUAAAACUCUCCUUUCCUUUUUCUUUUCUCCUUUUCCUCUGGAGUCAUUGUCCUUGCAGCAGCUCAGAAGAACCAAACUGAGCUCAUGAUAGGGUCUCAUUCUCUUCUUGUCUCUAGUGUAGUGUGGCAGGGAAAAGGAUUAGCCACUGUGUCAUGAUUCUUUGAUCAUAUCCUAGCACAGCAAGGUAUGCAUCCCCAUAUCUUUGUCUCUUGCCUUUAGCUUUCCUCUUGGGUUUGCUUAUAAAGAGUGGGAAACCAAAUGGAAUUGGAACUGUGUAACAAUGAAAGGGAUAGGUAGUGGAAGGAAGAGGGUGAUUCAAGGUCUUCAGCCUCUCAGAGUUUGCAGAUGGAGGCCACAUCUAUCUUCCUCUUCUCUGUCUGCCAACCAGCAGGGGGUAUCAAGCUUGGAUGACCUUCCCAUUCAACAGAGCCUGCUCUUAUCAGACAGUAUCAAUGGUUUGAGGAAUAUGCAGUCACGGUUAUAUUCAGCAGCAGAAUAUUUUGAACUGUCUUACAUGAAUGAUGAUGGAAAAGAAAUGGUGAUGAGGAGUUUGAAAGAUUAUGCUGUUAAGGCCAUAGCUAAUGCCGUGGAUCAUUUAGGUUCAGUGUCAUAUAAGGUAGACAACCUUCUCAAUUACGAGGUUGAUGAGGUCUCUGCAGCAACUUUUGAAGUAUCAUGCAUGAAGCAGAGACUUCGAACGUGCCAGACACGUAUCGAUCAUGAAUGUCUUUCUCAACAGUCUCUUUUGAUCAAACCUCCAAAGUAUCACAAGCACUACAUUCUACAAGGUCAAUCCACAGCUGAUUCUGGUAUAUCUAUGCUAAAGUGCCAAGGAUUCUAUCCACCUAAGGAGAACAGCAAACUGAAUCAUCAUCAGACUGCUUCUUCAGCAACUAGGCAUUGGCAAUCUCCAAUCAAGUAUGCUGUUCUCCGUUUUAAGAACGUUCAUUCACGGUCUCCUUCACCCUGUCCUUCAAAAAGUGAACAGUAUUUAUCACCUUCUCAGACGAUGCAUUCAAUUGAGAAGAUCUCUUACAAUGCUUAUAAUCCACUUACAGGUGCAAGAUCAGCAGCAAGCAGACCAAACAUUCCCAACUCAUCGAAGAAGUAUAUCAUGGAGACACAGAAUUCACUUCCAAUGUGUUUGCAUGCUGAAAGGAACAAUCACAGUGAGACAGAGAGGAAUCCAACCAGAAAAAGAAGGUUCCUCAAUGCCCUGAUCAUGAGGAACAGGUCAUGGACUGAUGAGUCUCUCUACAGCUUCUUGAAUGAAUAUUAAGGAUUUCUACAGAAAUCUAAAAUAGAUGAUAAUAAUAAACCAUGCGAAAGCAUUUCCUUCAUUUUUGUUGAUUCAAAAGCAUUGGCUUUCAUGCCUCUUCUGCUGUAAACAGAUGUGUGUCUUCUUGCAAGGCAAUAUAUAUGGUACCAAAAUCUGAAUCAAAUGGUAUUCCAAUGUUCCCUGUUCA